AUGUGCAUUCGUUCAACACGUAGCGCUAAACAAGCACUAUUUAUUAAUGCAGUUGGUUCUGCACUGAUCGUGUUCCUCUCGAGUCUAAUUGGAGUUAUCAUCUAUGCAUACUAUGCCGAUUGCGAUCCGUAUACAACCAAAAAACUCCAAGAAAUCGAUCAAAUUGUUCCGUAUUUUGUCAUGGAAGUAUUGGGCGAUAAGAAAGGUUUACCUGGUGUAUUUCUUGCUUGUGUUUUUUCCGGUACACUCUCGACAAUUUCAUCUGGAUUGAAUAGUCUAGCAGCAGUACUUGUUGAAGAUGUUUACAAACGCUUAUUGGGUAGACAAUUGACAGAUCAACGACAAGGCUUUAUAUGCAAAAUAGUGUCAGUCUUACUCGGUGUUUUUGUCAUGUUGCUUACUUAUGUGGUCAGCUAUUUUGGUUCGAUACUCAAUGCAACACUUUCUCUGUUUGGCGUUCUCGAAGGUCCGAUAAUGGGUGUCUUUGUUCUCGGUUUCUUUUUUCCGCAAGCCAAUCGACGAGGCGCACUUGUUGGAUUUUUCACAAGUCUAGCCGUAGAAUUAUGGAUCUUUUUAGGUGCUCAAAUUACAAAAAAACAGAUGGCAAGUGUUAGUUUAUCAUUAUCGAUAGCUAAUUGCACUGACAUAGCAAAUGGUGCAUUAACAAAUUGGACUACGAGUACAGUGACAUCAACUUUUUUGAAGUAA